AGCCAAAAUAUAAAAAUAAAUUAAAAAAUAAAAAAGAAAUGUUCAGUUCCGUCACAUUUUUUUUCUAUCUAGGCAAAAACAUUUACAUAUUUUUGAGGAAUAUAGAUAGUUUGACCAUGUUAUUUAUACAACUCCUAUGGCAAAAAUAAAUUAUUGUCGGAUUACUGGAUAUUUACAUAGACUUUACCACCUCCCUUCCAAACUCCCUUAAGUCCCAAUGCCUAAGACAUAGCAUUAAUGUUUCUAAUGAAGGGCUGCUGAUGGACCGUAUCACCUGCCCAAUUUAUGCAAAUUUCCAUUAUUCCUCCUAAAAGAGGCCUAGGCCUAUGACAUGCGACAGCUUUCCAUUGGAAAAUAUUUUAAGAAUUUGCUUUGGAAAUACCAUACCUAAAAAGCUUUGUACUGUAUCUAAAAGGCUAAUUCUACUUAUACCCAGUUGUUUAUUGUGUAAUCUUCAGGGAGUAAAUCUUAGAAAGGCCCUGGAUUAGUGACAGUGAGGGUGAGGAUGGACACUAGACGCCUCCAUCAUAAUCCUUAUUUGGAAGAGUGCAGAGAUGUUUGCAAGUCCAGGUUGGUACCUGCUAUAAAUUGGAGGUUUCCACAACCCCCUCCUCUAGUUUGGUUAAUUUGCUAGAGCAGCUCAUAGAACUCAGGAAAAUGUUUUACUAACUGGAUUACUGGUUUAUUAUAAAAGGUUAUAACUCAGGAACAGCCAGAUGGAAGAGAUACAUAGGGUAAGGUAUGUGAGAAGCUCUGUAGAGUUUCCAUGCCCUCUCCAGGUAUGCCGCGCCUUCACGUGUUCACCAACCCUGAAGCUGUCUUAAUGCCAUCCUUUUGGGUGUUUAUAGAGGUUUCAUUAUAGGGGCUUGAUUGAUUCAUCAUUGGCCAUUAGUGAUUAAUUCAACCUUCCUGGAGGUGGGGCUGAAAGUUCCAGUCCUCUAAUCACAUGGUGAUUUGCUGAGCCUCAGAGGAGGUAGGGAUAGAUUUGCUGAACCCUGAUCUACCACCUCUGCACCUCUGAUAUACCUCACUGCACCCCACAGGCCUGCAAGUCUUAUAACUGCCCAGCCACAAGACCAAAGAAAGAGCCUGGAGAUAGCAACAGAGACACUGAAGGUUUCUUGGAUAGGGGAUCUUAUAAGACUGAAGCAAAGUCCUGGAGCAGCACCCCACUGUGUACAGCAGACAGCAGUCAGGACACAGACAGCAGUCUUUGCUUGGGGGGUGGGGAGGUUUACCAGUUACAGUGGGGAUUGACAUCAGGUUGGCUCAUCAGUUACCAGGGAAACCAGCAGAGAGGUGUGUCCCUCACAGCCCCUCAGGUUAUCAGCUGUCACAGGGCAGAGGUUUUCACUUUGAUAAACUAUCCUAAUGGAGCUGUUAGCUGGGGCGGGGCAAGCACAGAGGCAGUUAUUGAAUAAGUUCUGUGAUUAAGAGGGAAGGUCAGUCAUGCAGGAAGGUGUAGGUGAAGCGCAGGGACUGAUCAAAUAGGGGAUAUAAAGAGAGCCAAAGAACAGCCAUCUUAGGUGACAUGAUCCUAUACCAGCUCACCUGCAUGGGGAAAAGGCAGUGAUCCCUGGAGCUAGAUGUUGAAGAGUCGCAUGGCCUAGAAAGGUAGUAAACCCGGCUGGGGAUGAUGUCUGUAGAAAGUCCGCUGCCAGUCUAUGCCCACCUCCUCUUAGGAGCAGCUGGUAAAUCCCCGUAAAGCUGCAGAUCUGUAAAAAGAUGUGAGGGUUGGCGAGGCCUCUCUCUUGGGUCCCGAUCUUGGCCUUUAUGAUGCUAGUGCCUAAUCUUGAGCUGCCUCAUGAGGCUACUAAGAGCACUAACUUUUCUUCAACAGAAGAGGCAGAAGCCAGCAUUGUGGAGUGCCUUUCACAUGUUUGCUGUGAACUAUUUACCCAUGAGGAAAUUGAGGCUCUGGGGGUUUAAGUAACUUGCACAAGGUAGACAGCAGUGAGAGUGGAUCACAAUUCAAAGUAAAAUUUUUUUACCUGCAAAGCCCAUUCACACUGAUUUAGAACUGGAAAACAUUCUGGCUGGGAUAUGGGGUUCUCUGCUCCAAAAAAACAAAACAUCUCCUUUAUCAAGACAGUUCUAAAGAAUGUCUAAAGAGAAAAAUGAUACAAUUUGUUAACGAGUUUGAUGUCCUUAAUUCAAGGGAAAACAAUCCAUGGACUGAGAAGUACAGCACUUCACAUGCAGUGGAACACUCUUCCCAGGGAUUUUGGACAAGAGCGGGUUUUAUGGGGCCUCAGUUAUGAAAAACCUCCUCCUGGACUUAUCAAGGAAGAUGAGACUAAGCCAGAAGACUGUAUACCAGAUGUCCCAGGCAAUGAACAUGCCAGGGAAUUUCUGGCCCACGCACCAACCAAAGGACUUUGGAUGCCACUGGGGAAAGAAGUCAAAGUCAUGCAGUGUUGGCGUUGUAAACGGUAUGGUCACCGAACGGGCGACAAAGAAUGCCCUUUCUUUAUCAAAGGCAACCAAAAGUUAGAACAGUUCAGAGUAGCACACGAAGAUCCCAUGUACGACAUCAUUCGAGAGAAUAAAAGACAUGAAAAGGAUGUAAGGAUACAACAGUUAAAACAGUUACUGGAGGAUUCAACAUCAGAUGAAGAUGGGAGCAGCUCCAGUUCCUCAGAAUGUAAAGAGAAACACAAGAAAAAGAAGAAGAAAGAGAAGCAUAAGAAAAAGAAGAAAGAAAAGAAAAAGAAGAAAAAACGAAAGCAUAAGUCUUCCAAGUCAAAUGAGAGUUCAGACUCAGAGUGACAAGAGCUUGACUUGUUCAACAUUCUCUUCUCAGAAAUCAAACACCGUGGCCAAAGAGCAGAGGAAUGUGGAAUCAGAGAGGAAUAGGAGAGAGAGACACCAAGAGAGGAGGAGAUUUGGUGUCACAGGUGUGAAUUCUCACCUACCUUCCAGUAAAGAUGUGACCCCCAGAAGAGUGAGUUGUAUCUUGCCAGGUGCUAGCUCUGGACAGCGGCUGAUUUCAGGCUGGAAAGCUUUUCUCAUUGUUCUCCUCCCUGCUGAUCACUGUGGGUCCUGAUUCCUUAGAAAUGCCUCUGGCAGGGUGGCCAGACUAAGGGAAUCUCUGAGGAAGCUCUUCCAGGUGCUGCCACAGCUUCCACCCUCCAUGGUGGGGCUACUUAAUACCCUUAGAUUUCAGGCUUGACUUUCCUCUGUUGUUGAGGAUAAUAAAAGCUCGUUAUUUAUUUUUUUAAUGUA